UCGGACUAUUACCAACAUAACAUUUUCAUGAAAGAUCAUCUUACGAAUAGCAUAGCGUCGAUUAAAUGAACGAACACGUCUAUGUGGAUCAACCGAAAUCGCGGGAAACGCGUUCUGUUCCAUUAGUCCCGUAAGGGUAAUUUGUAUUUUCCUAAUAUUAACAAUAAACAUUAUACACAGAUUCUUCUUCUGGAUCUCAUAAAUCUCCUUGAGCAAUACAUAUUGAUAUUUUUACACCGAAUGAAGAAUCCUAAACGAAUCGUGAAAAAUAAGAAUCGAGUUAUAUAGCUUAAAAUGAUAAUUUAACAAUUAAGCUAUGAGCUCUCCCAGUCUCCCACGGAAUAACAAGGUGGCCGAAACAGCGAACGAUGCAGGGCAAAGCAUACGCGAGAAAAUAGAAAGUUUUCAUGAUACUGGAGAUUGUGUGGAUAAUGCUGGAGAAAAAUCUGAUCUAAACGAUAAUGCGUAUUUUCCUGGCAAAAGUCGUUAUGGUAGAACAAUAAAACCUAAAUCUCCUAGAGAUGACAUUGCUGAAUUUCCUAAGAAUUAUAAAAUGCCAAAGACACGUAAAUCUCAGAACUCUAAUGAGAAUAGUAAUGAAAAUUUAGAUGAAAGUAACAUAGUAAAUGAUACGGAUGAGGCGAGUGAUUCAUUUAGCUCUUCAAAUUCUAUGGAGGAAAUAUCAUCCCCAAAAUUUGACAAUACUACUGCACAAUGUAAUUGGAGUUUAGGACAAUUAGCAUGGGCGCGCGUCGGCAACUUUCCGUUUUGGCCAUGCGUCGUAACGCUAGAUCCGACUUCAUUAAUUUUUUAUAAAUAUAAAGCUACUGGCAGAUCACAAUUGCUAAUGAUACACGUUCAAUAUUUUGGAGAUAAAGGACGUCAUAGCUGGGUCUCAUCAAAUUCUAUGAUCCAUUUCACGAACCUUGAUGACUUUCAAAAGCUAUCAGAAUCAUUGACUGCAGAAAUUAAGAGGAAGGAUGCUAAAUAUGCUGCAGCAUUUGUUAUUAAGCCAGGAUUAAAGUCAAAAUGGGAGACAGCAGUUGAAGAGGCUACAGAAAUACAACCAAUGACUGAUCAAGAAAGGGCUGAAAUAUUUAAACCCAUUGUUAAAAGUUCAAAACAAAAAAUUCAAAAGACACUUGAUUUUUAUGAAAAGGAUAAGGCAAGUAAGAGAAAAUAUGCAGGUGAUUCAAAUGCACCAGAUGCUAAGCGUACUAAACAGGAAAAUAUGGAUGUUUCAGAGAAAUUGCAAUAUAAGUUAGAAUCACCAAAAUUAAGGUACUUGCGACAUAAUGAAAAUGGAAAAGCAAAUUUGAGAUUAAAUUUUGAAAGUCCUUCUCGUAUGUCCACCAAAUCUAAUGAAUCUAAUAGUGAUUCUUCUACAAUACAAAAAAAUGAAUUUAAAAGUGAUGAACAUAUUGAUGGUGUUUUUGAAGUUUAUUACGAAAGAAACAGAGAUAUGUUAGAAGAUGAACAUCCUGACUUGUCAGAGGAAGAAAUCAAAAAAUAUUUAAGAAAAACUUGGAAUGAUAUGAACUCUUCUUUUCGCAGAAAAUAUCGUUUAUAUGUUAAGUCUGAAGGUAAUCAGUCAAAGGAGAAUACACCAGAAUCUGAAGAAGACACAUCAACAGAUGCAGAGAGUGUCACAAAGGACACAAAAAAGUCAAGAUCUAAAAUUGAGAAAGAAGAAACAUAUACAGUAGAAACAAAAAAAACCAGACCAUACAAUCUUUUUAAAGGCAUGAAACAAGAAAAGGUUUGCCAAAUAUGUGAAAAAACAGGAAAAUUAACAAGAUGUAGGGGACCCUGCUAUUCGUACUUUCAUUUAUCAUGUGUCAAACCUGGAGAAUCUAGUCCAGAACAUUCUAUAGAUGAAAGUAUGUAUAGUGAUAAAUUAUUUGAUGAUUUGAGAGAAAUAAAAAGAAAUAAUACAGAUGAUGAAGAAAAUAGUGAUAAGGCAGAGGAACAAGAAGAUGAAAGUUUUAAAUGUAUUGAUUGUUUAUCUGGUGUAGCUCCAGCAUGUUUUAUAUGUAAUGAAAGAGAAGGAGACAGAAUAAGAUGUUCGGUUUUAGCAUGUGGCAAGCAUUAUCAUUCAUCUUGUUUAAAGUCUUGGCCUCAAUCUCGUUGGCAAGGAGGUCGUUUGACUUGCCCAUAUCAUAUAUGUCAUACAUGUAGUUCUGAUAAUCCACAAGAUAGUCAUUCUCGUGCACCGAAUGAAAAAAUAGCACGAUGUGUUCGAUGUCCGUCAUCCUAUCAUACCUCCAUAUCGUGUUUACCUGCUGGAUCAGUAAUAUUAACAGGAAGUCAAAUUGUUUGUCCUAAGCAUUACAAAGCUCCCCAUCCUCCAUUGAAUGCAGCAUGGUGUUUCCUUUGUACUCGUGGCGGAAGUCUUAUUUGUUGUGAUACAUGUCCGACUUCGUUUCAUCUGGAAUGUCUUGGUAUAAAUGCACCGGAUGGUGCGUUUAAUUGUGAAGAUUGUGAAACCGGAAGACUUCCUCUGUAUGGAGAAGUAGUAUGGGUUAAGCUCGGUAAUUAUCGUUGGUGGCCCUCUCGUAUAUGUUAUCCACAUGAAAUACCUGAAAACGUAGAAGCUAUACCACAUAGUCCUGGCAAAUUUUGUGUCAUGUUCUUAGGUUCUAAUAAUUACUAUUGGGUCCACAGAGGACGUGCUUUCUUAUAUCAAGAUGGAGAUGCAAAUAUAAAGCCUUCAGUAGGUAAAAAAAAUAUGAGGAAUGAUACUUAUAAAAAAGCUUUAGAAGAAGCUAGUGAAAUUCAUCAACGUUUAAAAACUGAAAGAGCUGCUGCUAAGGAUCAUGAAACUAAAGGAUUAAAACCUCCACCAUAUGUUAAAUUAAAAGUUAAUAAACCUGUGGGUAAUGUGAAACCUGUUGAAGUUGAAAGUAUUGUAGCAUGCGAUUGUGAUGCAGAACUGGAUGAUGCUUGUGCACCUGGAACAGAUUGUUUAAAUCGUAUUUUAUUGAUAGAGUGUAGUCCAGUGGUAUGCCCAGCUGGUACCAAAUGUAAUAAUCAAGAUUUUGUACGCAGACAGUAUCCAGCAAUGGAACCAUUUCAUACAAUUGGCCGCGGGUGGGGUCUUAGAAGUUUGGAAGCUAUUAAAUCUGGACAAUUUAUAAUCGAAUAUGUUGGCGAAGUUAUAGAUGAAGCAGAAUACAAACAGAGAUUAAGUAGAAAAAAAGAGUUGAAGAACGAAAAUUUCUACUUUUUAACAAUAGAUAAUAAUAGAAUGAUCGAUGCAGAACCAAAGGGCAAUCUUAGCCGAUUCAUGAAUCAUUCUUGUUCACCAAAUUGUGAAACACAAAAAUGGACAGUAAACGGAGAUACGCGUAUUGGUUUAUUUGCCUUACGUGAUAUAGAGCCAGGAGAAGAGUUAACUUUUAAUUAUAACUUAGCUUGCGAUGGAGAAACACGUAAACCAUGUUUAUGCGGCGCAUCAAAUUGUAGUGGAUUUAUAGGUUUAAAAGUACAAAAACCACAAGUAACUCCAGUUCCAGUACCAUCUAAAAAAUCUGAUAAAGUAGAAAAAGUAAGAAGGCAGAGAAGAUCAAGGAAACAUUUUUGUUGGAGUUGUGGAGAAGAGAUAAUGCAUGAUAGCGAAACUAUUGUAUGUGAUCAUAAGACAUGUAAUAAAAAAUAUCAUAAUACUUGUAUAAAUAUCGACAAUGCAGAAAGUAAAUUUAGUUGUCCAUGGCAUCACUGUAUAGAGUGCAAUCGAAGAACAUCUGCACACUGUUCAUUUUGUAGUGUUGCUUUUUGUCAAGUUCAUUUAGACGGGAAUUUGUUUGAGUAUGGAGAAAAAAGUGGCUUUGUUUGCACCCUACAUGAAAAUAUGGAGAUACAAAGAUCAUCAGCAGAAGACGAAAAAGAUUCUUCUGAUAACGAGGCCGAUAUUGAUAAAGAAUAUUUAUCAAGAUCUAGCAGCCCUAUAGAAAUGGAAACAAAGUUACAACGAGAACCAUCGCCACGAGUUUCAAUUGUAGAGGUUCAUCUAAACAGCGAAGAAAGCGAAGAAUCCCAAAGGGAAGAGGACGAAGAAUUAUUAGAAGAUACAAUCGCACUGUGUACAUAUAAUUUUUCAAAAACAGUGAAAAGAAAGAUGCUCAAUCAAUCUUCUAAUAUUUUUGAAGAAGGACAAGCUGAGAAAUUGAAUAAUCUUACUUCUAGUCAACUGGAGGCGAUAAUUGGUGGUAGUUUAUUUGAAUAAAUUAUUUUGAAUUACCAAACAAAGUAAAAGAUGAUAGUAUAAAUCAUAAAAAAUCUUACAAAGAUGAUUCAAUUAAAUUAUAUGUAAGGUGGCUGCAUUAUUCUCUCAUUAACUGAAUAAUAGCAGUGUAUGUAGUAUAUAUUAUGUGGGCAAUAGACUAAAUUGAAUAAUACUUUUGUGCUAAAUGAAAGAACAUGAAUGUCUAUCUAGUCCUUUGCCAAAUUUCUUUUCUUUUUUGGGAUUUUCUUUUUUUUGUCUUUUUUUUUUUUAAA